CCGUGAAGUGUGGUUGGUUGUCGCCGUGCCGGCCGGUAGAAAGUGGUAAUGAGCACGUUGUGUAAGUAAACCUUGAGAACUCAGCCAACACGCCUCGUCUGCAUUAUUUAAAAUUAGACAAACAACACAACAUCCAUCUUCUACCGCGUGUUCUUUUAGUUACAUAAAUAGGCAUAUAAGUCAUAACACUUAAAUUAUAUUUUGGCUUCUAUGGCGUACCGUAAAUGUCCCCAAAAUGGCGGCCAAAAUGCGCCUGCGCAUUGGCGCUAAACUCAGCAACCAUCCCCACGUAACGACAAGAUCAAUAUUCAUGGCGGCUAUGACUUCCCAGUGCAGCAACAACAUCCGUGUACGUUUACACUUUGACUAUCCGCCGCCAGCAGUCGCAGAUUGCCGCAUGUGUUGGCUGCUUGUGGACUUAAACACAUGCCGCAUGGUGUCCGACCUGGAGAGCAUCGUCAGACAGAAAUUUGAGUUCAGUCGUCGAAGUAUCAUCAGCCUUUUCAUCGAAGACUCUUACCUACCGCACACAGAAAGUAUUUAUGUGGUACGUGACAACGACAGCAUCAGAGUGAAGGUGGACUGUUGGUCCGUACCGAACGGACAUGCAAAUGGACCCGGUGUCAACAGCAAGAAGAGACAAAGAGCCAAGGAGACGAAUGGCGAAGGGGGAAAUGGUAACUGUGGGCAAUGGCCAGAAACAAAAAGAAAGGAAACGGUCAAGGGGAGUCCGGAUGCGGGCGCUGAGCAGACAUCGAGUGUCCACAACAAAAAGAAACCUAGGAUGAAAAAGAAAAAACAGAAGGCAGAAGAAAAUGAUCUGACAGUGUCUUCUCCUCCCAGGAAAAAGUGCAAAGAGCGUCCAGUUCUGGACUCUGACAUCAGCCGUCACUUGCAGGACACUUCACAUCUUGCCUGUCAUGGCAGUACGAAGAAGGACAGUAUGAAGAAGGACAGUACGAAGAAGGACAGUACGAAGAAGGACAGUACGAAGAAGGACGGUACGAAGGACAGUACGAAGAAGGACGGUACGAAGGACAGUACGAAGAAGGACGGUACGAAGGACAGUAUGAAGAAAAACAGUAAGAAGAAGAACAGUAAGAAGGACAAUACAAGUCCCAAAACAAAAGUCAUGAAAACAAGCACUGCAGUCUCCAAAGUACUUUCUAGCACUCGGCCUGCAUCAUCGUCAUCAUCAUCAUCAUCAUCAUCAUCAUCAUCAUCAGAUACAGACGUCCCCACUGUUAAUGUCCAGCCUAAAAAGAAUGAUGUUGGGGCUAACAAAUGUUGUGUUGCUGAUGAAUCAGGUGGUACCUUGUCAAAGGACACACCUUCACCUGCCACAAAGCAAGCAGUUGACCAAAUCAGCCAGCAGCUGACUUCCUGUGACCCAAACCACAUGGAGAAGAUGGACCCCCCCGUAGGUAAUGGAGCUGCAAGUCCACCUCCAGACUACAGCACCAUGCCUCUUCUGGCUGCUCCUCCACAAGCCGGACAGAAGAUUGCCUUCAAAGGGGUCCGGUCCGAUCCGGUGGCCAUGUACUGCUUGCCUGUGUAUCGGCUGGGGACAUCUCUGCGCUGCUGGUCCGCCUACGCUUGGGAUGGUUUCCUGCUGGCUCCGCUGUGAACGGGACUCUCGCUGCUGUGUCUUGGAUCCUCUUUGGACUGGACUCUCGCGACUGUGUUGUAUCCAUUGUGGAUUGAACUUUCACAGUAUCAUGUUAGAUCCGCUCGACAUCCAUUGCUUUCCUCCUCUCUAAGGUUCUCAUAGUCAUCAUUGUCACCGACGUCCCACUGGGUCAUUAUUGUCACCAAUGUCCCACUGGGUCAUUAUUGUCACCAAUGUCCCACUGGGGGCUUCACGGUGGCAGAGGGGUUAGUGCGUCUGCCUCACAAUACGAAGGUCCUGCAGUCCUGGGUUCACAUCCAGGCUCGGGAUCUUUCUGUGUGGAGUUUGUAUGUUCUCCCCGUGAAUGCGUGGGUUCCCUCCGGGUACUCCGGCUUCCUCCCACUUCCAAAGACAUGCACCUGGGGAUAAGUUGAUUGGCAACACUAAAUUGGCCCUAGUGUGUGAAUGUGAGUGUGAAUGUUGUCUGUCUAUCUGUGUUGGCCCUGCGAUGAGGUGGCGACUUGUCCAGGGUGUACCCCGCCUUCCGCCCGAUUGUAGCUGAGAUAGGCGCCAGCGCCCCCCGUGACCCCAAAAGGGAAUAAGCGGUAGAAAAUGGAUGGAUGGAUGUCCCACUGGGUGUGAGUUUUCCUUGCCCUUAUGUGGGCCUACCGAGGAUGUCGUGGUGGUUUGUGCAGCCCUUUGAGACACUAGUGAUUUAGGGCUAUAUAAGUAAACAUUGAUUGAUUGAUGGUGGUGAUGUAAUAAUAAUGUUUGAUGGUGGUGAUGUAAUAUCAAUGUUUCAAGGUGGUGUUGUAAUAUCUAUGUUUGGUGGUGAUGUAAUAUCUAUGUUUGAUGGUGGUGUUGUAAUAACUGUGUUUGAUGGUGGUGAUGUAAUAUCUAUGUUUGAUGGUGGUGUUGUAAUAACUGUGUUUGAUGGUGGUGAUGUAAUAUCUAUGUUUGAAGGUGGUGUUGUAAUAUCUAUGUUUGAUGAUGGUGUUGUAAUAUCUAUGUUUGAUGGUGGUGAUGUAAAAUCUAUGUUUGAUGGUGGUGUUGUAAUAACUGUGUUUGAUGGUGGUGAUGUAAUAUCUAUGUUUGAUGGUGGUGAUGUAAUAUCUAUGUUUGAUGGUGGUUAUGUAAUAUCUAUGUUUGAUGGUGGUUAUGUAAUAUCUGUUUGAUGGUGGUGUUGAAAUAUCUAUGUUGGAUGGUGGUGAUUAAUAUCUAUGUUUGAUGGUGGUGGUGUAAUAUCUAUGUUUGAUGGUGGUGGUGUAAUAUCUAUGUUUGAUGGUGGUGAUUAAUAUCUAUGUUUGAUGGCGGUGAUGUAAAACCUGUUUGGUGGUGUUGUAAUAGCUGUGUUUGAUGGCGGUGAUGUAAUAUCUAUGUCUGAUGGUGGUGAUGUAAUAUCUACUUUAUGUUUGAUGGUGGUGUUGUAAUAAUAAUUUUUGAUGGUGGUGAUGUAAUAACUGUUUAGUUGUGAUACAAUAUCUAUGUUUGAUGGUGGUGAUGUAAUAUCUAUGUUUGAUGGUGGUGAUGUAAUAACUGUUUGAUGAUGGUGAUAUAAUAUCCAUGUUUGAUGGUGGUGAUGUAAUAAUAAUGUUUGAUGAUGGUGAUGUAAUAAUAAUGUUUGAUGGUGGUGACGUAAUAACUGUGUUCCAUGGUGGUGAUGUAAUAUCUAUGUUUGAAGGUGGUGUUGUACCAUCCAUGUUUGAUGGUGGUGUUGUAAUAUCUAUGUUUGAUGGUGGUGUUGUAAUGACUGUGUUUGAUGGUGGUGAUGUAAUAACUGUGUUUGAUGGUGGUGAUGUAAUAUCUAUGUUUGAUGGUGGUGUUGUAAUAACUGUGUUUGAUGGUGGUGAUGUAAUAACUGUGUUUGAUGGUGGUGAUGUAAUAUCUAUGUUUGAUGGUGGUGAUGUAAUAUCUAUGUUUGAUGGUGGUGUUGUAAUAACUGUGUUUGAUGGUGGUGAUGUAAUAUCUAUGUUUGAAGAUGGUGGUGAUGUAAUAUCUAUGUUUGAAGGUGGUGUUGUAAUAUCUAUGUUUGAUGGUGGUGAUGUAAUAACUGUUUGAUGGUGGUGAUGUAACAUCUAUGUUUGAUGGUGGUUUUGUAAUAACUGUGUUUGAUGGUGGUGAUGUAAUAUCUAUGUUUGAAGGUGGUGUUGUAAUAUCUAUGUUUGAUGGUGGUGUUGUAAUAUCUAUGUUUGAUGGUAGUGAUGUUAUAUCUAUGUUUGAUGGUGGUGAUGUAAUAACUGUGUUUGAUGGUGGUGAUGUAAUAUCUAUGUUUGAAGGUGGUGUUGUAAUAUCUAUGUUUGAUGGUGGUGAUGUAAUAACUGUUUGAUGGUGGUGAUGUAAUAUCUAUGUUUGAUGGUGGUUUUGUAAUAACUGUGUUUGAUGGUGGUGAUGUAAUAUCUAUGUUUGAAGGUGGUGUUGUAAUAUCUAUGUUUGAUGGUGGUGUUGUAAUAUCUAUGUUUGAUGGUAGUGAUGUUAUAUCUAUGUUUGAUGGUGGUGAUGUAAUAACUGUGUUUGAUGGUGGUGAUGUAAUAACUGUGUUUGAUGGUGGUGUUGUAAUAUCUAUGUUUGAUGGUGGUGAUGUAAUAACUGUGUUUGAUGGUGGUGAUGUAAUAUCUAUGUUUGAUGGUGGUGUUGUAAUAACUGUGUUUGAUGGUGGUGAUGUAAUAACUGUGUUUGAUGGUGGUGAUGUAAUAUCUAUGUUUGAAGGUGGUGUUGUAAUAUCUAUGUUUGAUGGUGGUGAUGUAAUAACUGUUUGAUGGUGGUGAUGUAAUAUCUAUGUUUGAUGGUGGUUUUGUAAUAACUGUGUUUGAUGGUGGUGAUGUAAUAUCUAUGUUUGAAGGUGGUGUUGUAAUAUCUAUGUUUGAUGGUGGUGUUGUAAUAUCUAUGUUUGAUGGUAGUGAUGUUAUAUCUAUGUUUGAUGGUGGUGAUGUAAUAACUGUGUUUGAUGGUGGUGAUGUAAUAACUGUGUUUGAUGGUGGUGUUGUAAUAUCUAUGUUUGAUGGUGGUGAUGUAAUAACUGUGUUUGAUGGUGGUGAUGUAAUAUCUAUGUUUGAUGGUGGUGUUGUAAUAACUGUGUUUGAUGGUGGUGAUGUAAUAUCUAUGUUUGAAGGUGGUGUUGUAAUAUCUAUAUCUAUGUUUGAAGGUGGUGUUGUAAUAUCUAUGUUUGAUGGUGGUGAUGUAAUAACUGUGUUUGAAGGUGGUGUUGUAAUAUCUAUGUUUGAUGGUGGUGAUGUUAUAUCUAUGUUUGAUGGUGGUGAUUAAUAUCUAUGGUUGAUGGUACUGAUGAAAUAUCUGUGU